AUGACGGCUGUAGGCUUUCCAGGUCCCUCCCUGAACCAAGAGCCCCCCCAGGGCCAGGCGCGGGAGCCCGUAGGACUGCGAUCCCCCAGACCAGGAGCCGUUUCCAGAGUGCGGGGGAGCGGUCCGGGGCGCGCUCAGCCCCCCCCGCCUGGCUCGCCCCGCGGAGAGCCAGCUUCCGGGAGGCUGCGGGCGCCCAAGCCCGGCGCGCACCCGUCCGAGCCCCCCAGGAGCCUGCCGCGGCGUGGGAAGCUUUGUGCACUGCUACCCACCGGGGGUGCACGGGCUUCGCCGCCGGGUGCUCUGAGACCUCACCCGUCGUACGUUUGGCACGCGCACACCUCCCCUCUGCCCCUUCAGUCAGACGGUGCCUGGAGCAGCCGCCGCCGCGUGCAGCCGGCAGGAACGGGGAGGAAAGGAAGGAAACCGCCGGGUCUCCCCCGUUCCCCCCCACCCUGCACAGCGCGGGCCCCCCGCCCCUGGAGGGGAGAACAGCGAGCUCCUCUGAGCCGGGGGCUGCGCUCUGCCGUGCGGGGGUCGGAAAGGGGCCGGCCGGCCGGAGCCAACUUAGACAAAGGGCACUUCAGACUCCAUGUCUCUCCCCUCCAGCUGUCACCGUCCGGGAGCGCGCGUCUCGCCGCCGGGCGCCCGCCCUCGCGCCGUUCGCCGCGCCCGCGAGAGAGGGACGGGAGGCGGCUGCUCCUCGGGAGCCGCCGUCGUCCCCCCUCCUCCCCUCCUCCCGCUCUCUCCUCCCCUCCCCCCAUUACAAAGAGAACCGGUUAUAAACAGCCGCUCCCGGCGCCAACGCCUCAAGCCCGCGAGGUGUCGCUCGCUCGCUCACUCACCCGCCCCCCCACCCCGGCCUCGCGUCGCUGCCGCCCCGCCGCCGCCGCCGCCGCCGCCGCCGCCGCCGCCAGCUCCGCGCCGUGCCGCUCGCCUGCUCGCUCUCCCUCCCCUCAGCCUCCGGCUGCCGGAUUCACCCUCCCGGACCGAGCGCCAAACGCGGCGGCCCAAUCGGCAUCGCGCUCAUUGCCGAGCACCGAGCGCCGCCUCGAUUGGAUGGACGCGGACGGGGCCUUCCGCGCCAAUCAGGCGCAGCGAGGGGCGGGGAAAGGGGCGGGAGCUCUCUCCCCACGUGCCGGGGGGGGGGAGGGAGGGGUAGGAGAGCUCUUUGUUCUCGCGCUGCCCGUGGGGGCCUGGGGUGCUCGCGUUUACCCCUCCCACGCCGCGGCCCCGCGCCUCCCGGGCCCCGGCUGCCCCUCACCAGAGCGGAGCGGGGCCCGGGCCCGGGAGGCGCGGGGCCGGGGAGGCUUGAAACUCUCUGCCCCCUCACGUGGAGGGGGGAGAGGGAGGAGAAAGGAGGAAGUCCCGCCGCUGUGCGCGCGGGAGGGGGCAGUCCUGUGGGAGAGGAGCGGGCCUCGCCAGGCGGGAAGGAGGGAGCGUCUGCCGAGAGCGGCGUGGGCCGGGCAGUCGCUCCCUGCGGCCGCCGCCGCGCCUCGCCUGUUGCUUCACCGGCGGGCGGGCGGGUCUCCCAUCCCGUUCGCCUUCCGCUUGUCCCGGCGCCCGCCAGCGUCUCACGGCGCCACGCCGAAAGGGUCGCGGUCGACGCUGGGCCGAGGCAAGGGCUGCCUGCAGCAGCCUGACCCCCUCUCCGGGCGGCCUCGCCGCUCCCUGGUUCCCCAGCCCCCGCGACCCGGCGGAUGUGUGCUGGCUGAGUCACUUUCCAGAGUGGCGUGA